CGCAGAGGCUGGCUGCGUGCUGACGCAAGCACGCACGGCUGGGGGUGGGGCAGGUGGCCGGGCGGGCGGCGGAGGCGCGGGGCCUGCUCCCGCCGGCACCAUGGCCAAGACGGUAGCCUAUUUCUACGACCCGGAUGUGGGCAACUUCCACUACGGGGCUGGGCACCCUAUGAAGCCCCACCGCUUGGCGUUGACGCACAGCUUGGUCCUGCACUAUGGUCUCUAUAAAAAGAUGAUCGUUUUCAAGCCAUACCAGGCUUCCCAGCAUGACAUGUGCCGCUUCCACUCUGAGGACUACAUUGACUUCCUGCAGAGAGUCAGCCCCACCAACAUGCAAGGCUUCACCAAGAGCCUUAAUGCCUUCAAUGUGGGCGAUGACUGCCCGGUGUUUCCUGGCCUCUUUGAAUUCUGUUCCCGUUAUACAGGUGCUUCUCUGCAAGGGGCAACCCAGCUGAAUAACAAGAUCUGUGAUAUUGCCAUUAAUUGGGCUGGUGGUUUGCAUCAUGCCAAGAAGUUUGAGGCCUCUGGUUUCUGCUAUGUCAAUGACAUUGUGAUUGGCAUCUUGGAGCUGCUUAAAUACCACCCCCGGGUGCUCUAUAUUGAUAUCGACAUUCACCAUGGUGAUGGGGUUCAAGAAGCCUUCUACCUCACUGACCGGGUCAUGACAGUGUCUUUCCACAAAUAUGGAAACUACUUCUUUCCAGGCACAGGUGACAUGUAUGAAGUUGGAGCAGAGAGUGGCCGUUACUACUGUCUCAAUGUACCUCUACGAGAUGGCAUUGAUGACCAAAGUUACAAGCACCUUUUCCAGCCUGUUAUCAACCAGGUGGUGGACUUCUACCAACCUACAUGCAUCGUGCUCCAGUGUGGAGCUGACUCUCUGGGCUGUGAUAGAUUGGGCUGCUUCAACCUAAGCAUUCGAGGACACGGGGAGUGUGUCGAAUAUGUCAAGAGUUUCAAUAUCCCUCUACUGGUGCUGGGAGGUGGUGGCUAUACUGUCCGAAAUGUUGCCCGUUGCUGGACAUAUGAGACAUCACUGCUGGUAGAAGAAGCCAUUAGUGAGGAGCUUCCAUAUAGUGAAUACUUCGAGUACUUUGCCCCGGACUUCACACUUCACCCUGAUGUCAGCACUCGAAUCGAGAACCAGAAUUCACGCCAGUAUCUGGACCAGAUCCGCCAGACAAUCUUUGAAAACUUGAAGAUGUUGAACCAUGCACCUAGUGUCCAGAUUCAUGAUGUGCCUGCAGAUCUUCUGACCUAUGAAAGAACUGAUGAGGCUGAUCCAGAGGAGAGGGGUCCUGAGGAGAACUACAGCAGGCCUGAGGCACCUAAUGAAUUCUAUGAUGGAGACCAUGAUAACGACAAGGAAAGUGAUGUGGAGAUUUGAAUGACCUUGCUGCAUCCUAAGGAACUCCUUUUUACCUCUUGGUUGGGUGGGAGGGAAAAGGUAUGGCUCUUCCAGUCCUAGACUGGUCACCCUCAGAACUUUGAUAAAAGUUAAGGAAGGGUGUAGAGACCACAUCUGGUUCCAAAACCAACUACUCUCUCCCUCCCAAGGACACAUGGUACCUAUUGGGGAUUGGAUGGGGACAAGGAUAGCUGUCUAGGAUAUUUUGGGCAGUGAACCCUAGAAACCAAUCCCCAGUUCCUCUGACCCCUUUAUUCCUUUCCUGCUCACCUCCAACCCAGAGGCUUUUAGGGAUGAGAAGGCAGAAAAGACCAAGCUUGUUACUGAUUCCCUUCUCUGCUGGGUUUUCCCAGUGUUCACCUUGCUUGCAGUGCAGGUGAAAAGUGAGGAUAUGUGGGGGACCCUGACUCCCUCCAUAUCAAUUUAACCACAGAGGUGUGGUUGUGAGAUGGGAGAAGAUGUGUAAAUUCCUGUCCUAACUUUUGGCUCUGUGUCCAUUUUGCCAUUGUUUUUAUCCAAUAAACCAAGUUGGUAUUUUUUUGUA